UUUGUUAGCGGACAGACGGCUGCUUAACUGCAUGCUGUAUUUUUAGCAUAUUUGCCACAAGCAGGCGGAGCUAAGGAGGGUGAGAAAAAGAGAUGCUGCUGAAAAAGCAGGUGGAGACCGCGGAUGUUUACGACAUGCGUUUUGCCUAGGGAGGAUCAGAGGAAGCUGAACUGGCUAUAUAUGUUUGUUGGAGAGAGUAAAACUCCCCCAGGGGAUAGUUUUGCGAUCUAUUUCGUGAUUUGGAAAGCGCAGAUUUGAGCUCUCAGAGGCUGACAGACAGACAGCGAAAGACUCCGUCUGUGUCUGUCGUGUCGCUGGAGGUUGCGACGAUGUGAUGCUCCAUCUUUGGACCGACGGCUGGAGCCUUUUUUAUCCCUGAAGCCUGAUAUUAUGCGGGAAAUAAGGCAGACUGGACGGAUUAAAGGGGAACAAAGUACCGGUCUAGAAAACGUUUUGCAAACUGGCAGUGUUCGCCAACUAUGGUUGACCCCUCGGAUGCUGAGGAGCAAAGUAAGUGUAAAGGCCCGCAAAUCGACAAACCAGCUGAGGCCACAGAAGACGCUCGACUGCCAGAACAUGAUGAUGGCACGACAACAGAGGAUGAUGGGGAUGCCAGUUUCGAGACACCACCCACUGGCAGCUCUGAGCCGAGUCCCUGCCAUGCUGCGUUGCCGGCGGGUCCAGAGGUCACCUGUCAGGGCCCAGCACCUCAGCAACCACAAACUCAGAGUGAUUCAGAGCUCUCCCCUAAACUGCAUUUGGACCUGUACAACUUUGACUCUCCGGUCGCAGAGGGCAGCCGCUACGUGUUGACAAGCCCUCGCUCUCUGGAGGCCUGUGCUCGAUGUGGGGUCAAACCUGUGGAGCUGCUGCCCCGCCCACUUGCUGACUUUGCCAGGGAGGCUCCCGGACGCUCCAUGCGUGUCGCCACAGGUCUGUUUGAAGUCUACGAGAAGGACAGACACGCCAAGCUGAGGCAGUGCAGGGAGGAGAGGGAACGGAUCGUUAGGGAGGAAAAAAGAAGGAUUCUGCAGGCAACGGUUAACAGCAGCAGUGUAUCUUCAUCCUCUGUGGAUAAAACCUCCUCUGGCCCCAGUCUGCAUCCUAAAUCUGGGACAGUGUCAUCUAGCUCUGUCCCUGAUGUGGGAGCGUCCUCAAGUCCAUCUUCUAGAGCAGGCUCAGCUCUUUUAUCUAAAGCCCCCACCUCCACUCUUAAUACCUCCCCGAAAUCUAUUCCCUCAGGAUGUGCCCAAUCUUUAAAAACUGGCUCCACAACCUCUACACCAACUUCUAAAGGUGGACUUCAAGGAUCUGCCAAACAGUCAAUGUCUUCAUCAUCUGAACACAUAAAACCCGCACGGCCACUCUCAUCUGGCCCUCCAUCAGUGACCAGGAAGUCUAGUGGUAAAUCCUCAAACACCUUUCCUCGAUCAACACCAAAGCCUCCGUCCUUCCCCCGAGCCAACUCCACAUUAACAUCAUCAGUGUCAAAGCCUGCAGUUGCAGUUCAGAGUGCCGGUACGCCUCUGAAUGGCAUGACAAGAGGCCCGUUCUCUCAGCACAACGGACAUCCUGGGUUUCACCCUAAGGUGAGAGGAAGAAGCCACUCACUGGAGUCUCUGCAGCGAAGGAUGGAUCCCGUCUGCUCUUCAACCUCCACAACUACAACCACAACUACAUGCACCUCAUCAGAGUCAGGUGCUUCCUCCUCUUACAGUUGGGAUGGUGCACGAGAUCACUGGGCUAAAGUUUCCAGUCCUCGAGCACGCACUCUGGCAACUUUCAACUCCCUGAUGGGCCGCAGCCUCAGCCUUGGUGACCUGAGCCACUCACCUCAGACAACACAGAAAGUGGAGCGCAUCAUGAAGGAGGUGAAGCGUCGAGGCCUGAAGGCCGUGUCCGAGCGCGACCGUAAGAUCGCCGCACUGAUGCUGGCCAGAUACCAAGAGGAAGACAUCAUGAGUCAGACCCGCUAUGUGGCUCACCUUCAGUGGGAUAGUGAGCGCAGGAUGGAGGAGCUGAGGCGAGAGCAGGAGGAGAGGGAGAAGCAGCGUGCCGUGCUCCAGUGUCAGCGAGUCUGGCAGACACAAGUGUCAAUACGACAGCGGCGGCUCAGUCAGCAGGAGAAAGAAUCAGCAGCUGCCAAGAUGCGACAGGCUGAGGAGAAUGAGGAGCGAUGGAGGGAGCUCGCAGAGCAGCAGGAGCGCAGCCGCAUCCUGAAGUUGCAGCAGGCGGCGCGAGAAGAGAAGCACAAGAAAGCGCUGCAGGAGCAGAACCUGAAGGCCCUGGAGGAGGAGAAGUCCGCCAUGCUGGAGCAGGAGAGGCUGCUGCUGGAGGAGAAGCUCACCAUGGCUGAGCUGAAAAGGCAAGAGAAGGAGCACCAGGCCCAGGAGGAGAGACGAGGUCUAAACAAAGCAGAGAAGAGACGUCACGCGGCCCUGAUACAAGAGAUCGCCCGCAGGGAGCAGGAAGAGCGGGACGAGGCCAGGAGGUCAGCGGAAGAGAAGCUCAGCCGUUCCCUUGAAAAUUAUGAACAGAUUGUUGAACGUCGGGGGCAAGAGCUGAAAGAGAAGGCAAAGCGCGAGGAGAAGCAGAUCCUGAAAGCACGCAAGGCAGCAGAGAAGCGCGAAAGGCAGCAGCAGCAGGUGCUGGAGGCCCGCAUGAGGGAGGCGGAGAAACGAGCCCAGCAAGCAGCUUUGGUGGCCGAGGAGAGGGCCAAGGAGAAAGCUCAGCGGGCCGUCCAGACCCGACAGGAGAAGGAACGACUCCAGAAGCUCAACAGGCAGCGAGUGGAGGAAGAGGAGAAGCAGAGGCGCCUGGAGCUGCUCCAGUCCAUCGAAAGGAAGCUUGAGAAGAGCGAGCAGAUCUUCAGGGAGAAGAAGGCGGUACUGGAGAGCGCUCGCUCUGUGGCUCGAGCAUCCUUUCACGUGCGAGAUAAAGUGCGGGAAGAGACGAACAUGCGCACGUUUGAUAAAAUGGCCCUGGAAGCUCAGCUCAAAGCCAGUCUGGAUGAGAAAUAAACCCAUAGCUUUGUUGUGAACUUCUUACUUCUGGUCACGUGUUUGGCAUUGCCGUCAUGAUGGCCGUCAUCACUCAGCAGCUUUACCCACAGUGUUAUUUUUACCUUACAUAUUGUUACCCACGAGCGACUUGAUUACAUUUUUUGACCAUUAUUAUCAAAAGCAAACAAAAUCAUUUUUGUAUUUUGGAUGAAGACUACAAUCUGUAUCAGCUGUAAAGCCUUGAGGCCGAUAGUGCAGACUUGAUGUAAUAGUGUGGAGCUGCUUUUUGCAGCUACUUAACCCUGCCUCUCUCUCUCGUUCUCUCUCGCUCUCUGUCUGUUUGCCCUCUGCUCCAUCUGUUUCAGCCACCAGACCGAAAGCUGUGCUGGAAUGAAAAGAGUCAUUGUUUAUCAGGAAGCACAACUCCAUGACAACUGCACAUGCUUUUAAACAAGCACUGCUGGAAGGGGAGAGUAUAAAAAGCAUAAAAAAGUAGAACACAGAUAGUUUCAGACCCUCAAAAGCAAAUGAAGGACCUUUUUGUACACACUCAGAUACAGUGAGGAGAUACAGCCCUGGGCUGGAUGCCCUUGUCGGCUUAGAUGCUGACAGGUCAGCACAGAAAGGUGCAAAGGAUGCUGGAUACUGCAGCAGGACUGUUCUUCCUCCUUCAAAUCCCCUUCGAGGACAACUUCUGCCUUCCCUCUUCAUAUUAAAGAGUAAAACUGCCUCUUGAUUCCACCACUGUGGCUCUGCUCCCCAACACACCUGUCUGGUCAACAGUUUUUGGGUCAACUAGGUCCUGGUGAUGAACGAGAGCUGGCGACAGAACAUAUCCUCCUGCUGAACUUUCUCUAAAAUGGAAAUGCAUCCACAUUUUUUCUUUUUACAAAUUUUUUACUUGUUAACAUCAACAUCAACUGAGCUGCAAAGAGGAGAACUUGAGAAAUGUACAAGGUUCAAACACAGCUUAAUUAGCAUCAAGGCAUGUUGUUCCGUCCAUUUGUCCCUUCUUACCGUUUCCUGACAUGUGGGCUUUGUUUCUGUAACAUUUCUGGUGUUAAGUUAUUAAAACAUUUGUACAUGACUGUGAAUGCUUUUUUCCUGUUAGUUAAAUUGAGUUUGGUUGUUAAAAGGUUUUCAGAUGUAGCAAUAAGGGAAUAGCCUUGGUUGAUAUCAGACAUCAGAUCUUUGUUUUCAUCAGCUCUCUUAAAGUAAAACCCACAAUCAGUGCAAACAAUCAAAACUGGAAAAAUAAAAACAUUUUUCAUUUA